AGUCGCGGACGAGCGUGACACCGGGGCAGCACCUCGUAUGCGCCGAGUCUUCGCUGCUUUCGUCUCCAAUGAAGCUGGCGGCCUAUCACGUAUCAGUAGGCGUGCGACCGCGUGUAAUGUGACAUUUGUGUAGCACGCGAAGAGUUGCAGUUAGUGACAGAAAUCCACGGAGGCGAAGAAGAGUUUCUAGUCAUCGUACAGCCAUUUCGGUGAAAGUACACCAGUCUACAAAUUGGGCAUCAUCUUCUACGUACAAAGUUCCUGCUAGCAGUUGUCCUUGAAAAGAAGAUUCGGACAGAAUAACUGCCGUAAUCCAGAGUAGAAAUUUGAAGUCUUACGCUCUAAGCAUACAGAGAGAAAAUCGGGCAAUGGCGCCACGUCCACAGAGCCCAGAAAUAAAGCCAGAGGAAGACGCAUGCGCCCGGGUGGACGAGACCCCAGGGAGAGAACCCAGUAAGCCAUACGUGAGGCAGAUCUACUGGACCAACGUGGUGGGCAUCGCCACACUGCACCUGGCCGCCCUCUGGGGGAUGCUGUGGACGCCAUUCUACGCCAAGGUGCUCACCAUCUUGUGGGCGACCUUCCUGGGCGGCGCAGGUGGUUUCGGAGUGACAGCAGGUGCCCACCGGCUGUGGACGCACCGCGCCUACAAGGCUACGUGGCCUGCCAGGGUAAUCCUCAUGGUCUGCUACUGCAUCGCCGGACAGAACCCGCUGUACGACUGGGUGCGCGACCACCGGGUGCACCACAAGUUCAGCGAGACGGACGCGGACCCUCACAACGCGCGCCGUGGCUUCUUCUUCGCGCACGUGGGCUGGCUCAUGAUGCGCAAGCACCCGGAGGUCGUCCGCCGCGGCCGGCAGAUCGACAUGAGCGACAUCCUCGCCGACCCGGUCGUCCGCUUCCACCAGAAGUACUUUAAGCCACUGAAAUUUGUGCUGUGCUUCUACCUACCUGUGAUGAUCCCUGUGUGGCUGUGGGGUGAAGACUGGUAUAUAUCCUUGGUUGUCAAUGCCAUCAUCCGGUAUGCCUGUAGCCUCAAUUUCACCUGGCUAGUCAACAGUGCUGCACAUAUCUGGGGCAACAAGCCUUACGACAGGCGUAUCAGCCCAGUGGAGAACCGUUUGGUGGCAUUUCUAGCAAUGGGUGAGGGCUGGCACAACUACCAUCAUGCCUUCCCCUGGGACUACAAGGCAGCUGAGCUAGGUGCAUACGGCUUCAAUGUUACCACCCUGUUUUUGGACCUCUUCGCAUGCCUCGGUAUGGUGUAUGACAGAAGAGUGCCUUCUGAGGACCUAGUCCGUCGGACAGCACUGAUGAAUGGCGAUGGUUCUCACCCUGUGUACCGCCGAAAUGAUGUCACUGACUUGUCCCUGCAGAAAGCACCUGCCACAGGUGGUUCAUGAGACUGACCAAGCUUGCAGUGUUGUUAUCUGGCUGCGUUUGAUUUUGGCAUUUAUGAGUUGCGUGAUUCAUGCAGAGGUGGACCAUAUGCUAAAAAAACUGUAUGAAACCUAAGUAGUAGUGAAAUCACAAUUAAUUCCAUUUCUUCAAUUCUGUCUUGCUGUGUACAUGCAGACACAAGUGCACAAGAUGCAUUGGCUGUAAUGGUGGUUUUAUCAUAGUUUGGAACAGUGAUACUGCCACUGCAAUGGGGCCUAAUGGCUAUGUGUUUAAGGGCUACAAUGUGAGCAAAAAACACAAGUUAUGUUUGUCAUUAAAGGACUCUGUGAUGAGCAAAAAAUGAAGUGUGAAACAUGUAUACAGUAUAACUUUGAUUUCUGUUUCCACUGAAGUAGAAUCCUGUCCUGUAUGGUGCAUUGAAGUACCCAAUAAGAAGUAUGUUACAUGCGUGUUAUUUAUUUCAAUUGAAUGCAUUUGCUGCAUAAUAUGAGCCUCCUAUAUAUAUAUAUAUAUAUAUAUAUAUAUAUAUAUAUAUAUAUAUAUAUAUAUAUAUAUAUAGUGAAAAGUUUGCUAGAAACAGUAAGCUGUAGACAGCUAACAGGUCAGAUGCACAAUAAAGUUUCUCUGCAGUGGAUCUAAUGAAUGAAGAACAUUUUCAAAAAUAGGCUUCACUGAAGAUAGUAAGGACUCUAUUUUAUCAUUGACAACUUUGAAUAUUACUGCUGAGUAAUAGAAAAUUGCAAUCUUGAACAGAGAAAUUUAUUUUCUUCAUUGAUAAAUGGCUACAUUUAAAUUCUGCAAAUUCUGAAAAUUCUGCGCAAGAUGAUUCAUUUCCCAUGAUCGUUAUCAUAACAACUGGAGGUCAAGGACACUGUUGCAAAAGAUAAUUUGUGUGUCAGAAUUUUUGUCUCUGUACCCUUGUGCUUAUUUAAUACUUACAAAUACAACAUAUUUCAGUGAUAACAUUGAUAUCUACUUAAAAAGUAGUCAGUUUAAUAGUUCUAUGAAAAAUUAAUGUCAAAUGUUUCUGUUGCUAUUACUAAAAUAUUUGGUUAACCUUGCUGAGGUCUCUGGAAAAUACAUUUGCUGGUGACCAAUGUUGUCAGAGCUGUAAAAUGCAUUUGAACAUGACUAGAUUAAUUAUGAAACAUGUUUUUCUACACACAUCAAAUUUUUCCCAUAAUGACACCAUGCAAGUUUUUACUGUGUGCGCAGUGAACAAAACUUGUGGGCAUAAAAACUUCCUAAUCAAAUGUGGGCAAAAUAAUCUGUAAUACUGAGAUAUAUUAUAAAGAUCUUCAGUUUAACUGAAGGCUAUGUACAACAACCAUUCAUAGUAGUAUCAAACUGGGACAUGAACCAGAUUGCGAAGUAUGAGAAUAAAUAAAAAUAUUAAAAUCACAUGUAUUGUAACAAAUAUCAUCUACUCAUAGCUUAGAAGAAAUUAAGAAUGUAGCUAUAUGUGUUUCCUUUUCUUUUAACUGCACUUUCCUUUGCAUCCAACUGUAACAGUAAAUUUUUAAAGCCCUUCCUGUAUAAGGUCAUAAGACCUUAAGAUGCCAAAGAAUCCGGUGACAAGAGGACAGAUAUGUUUUCUACUGGUGAUGGACCAAUAUGUUGGUUGUCACAUAUAAAUUAAGGCAUAUCUGUGCCCAUUUAGUGAGUUUUUACUUUGAUAAUAGCUUUAAGUAAAAUGUAUGUACCAGUUGCACAAGAUAUUGUUACAUUCACAUAGUCAGCAAGUCAUUAUUUUUAAAUACAUGUAAGAAUGUUUUGCUGGAACAGUAUACAUUAUAUGUUGUCUGUAAUUAUUAAUGUAGCAUUUUACCUUGUUUAAUAGGGCAGCUUCAAAAUUAAAGUUCAUUGUCAUAAAGUUGAUAUUUGUUAAUUGUGUAUAUAAUGAUGUAAUUAAAUAUGAUAAAUAAACAUGUUAUCUGUUUUUA